AUGGAGUUCCUAAAGGACUAUGAUUUUGAGAUUAAAUAUCGUCUUGGAAAGGCUAAUGUGGUAGUGGAUGCUCUAAGCAGAAAGGCGGUACAUGUGUUCUCUCAGCGGGAUGAUGAUCACCUAGCAAGGAUUCAAGUUGAAUUAGAGAAUGGCCCAGUGCAAGAUUAUGAGUUUGGAGAUAUGGGCAUCCUGAGGUAUAAGAAUCGGAUUUGUGUUCCCCAUGAUGAGGAGAUUAAGGGAACUAUCCUAAAGGAGGCUAACCGCAGCCAUUACGUCAUCCACCCUAGUGCCACCAAGAUGUACCAUGACUUGAGGCAGCAGUACUGGUGGCCUAACAUAAAGAAGGAAGUGACUAACUUUGUACUCUGA